UCUAACUGAAAGUGGGCGGGGGGUGAAAGUUGCGUUAAAGUGUCAGCUCGAGUUACAGCUGUUUACUUAUAUAUAUAUAUAUAUCCUGCGUCCUUUCGUCGUGUCGACUCCAGCACCUUGUCCGCAUGCUAUGACUCCUACAAACACUUGACUCCUAUAUAUAUGGCGGGGGUUUGUUGUAAGAGCACGGCGCCGUUCUCUGUGUUUAAGCGCACGCUGUCAGUGCGCAACACGGCCUCAGCUCCGCGCUCUGCUCCGGUGGGCUGCGGGAGACGAGGCGCUCAGGAGGGCUGUGCGCUACUCGCCCGCCCGCUGCACCACUACACCACCGGCCUUCACCGAUAUCCAACGCAUUUGUUUUGCUCUUCUGUCCAGGAGUCCAUGAGCGAGAGUUUGAGGGCGUGUUAUGUUUACCUGAACCAAACGAGCAGGAGCUUCGCGGCUGUGAUUCAGGCCCUGGACGGACAGCUGCGUCAUGCAGUGUGUAUAUUCUAUUUAGUUCUUCGAGCCCUGGACACGGUUGAGGAUGAUAUGAGCAUUCCUUUGGACAAAAAAGUCCCUCUCCUGCAUCAUUUCCACACUUUCCUCUACCAACCAGAUUGGUGUUUUAUGGAGAGCAACGAGAAAGACAGACAAGUUCUUGAAGAUUUCCCGUCGAUUUCAGUUGAGUUCAGGAACCUAGCACAGGAAUAUCAGGAUGUUAUUUCAGACAUUUGCCUCCGAAUGGGGGUCGGGAUGGCAGAAUUUCUUGAGAAGAAAGUCGGCUCGAUGCAGGAAUGGGAUACGUAUUGUCACUACGUGGCUGGUCUGGUAGGUGUCGGUCUGUCUCGACUUUUCUCCGCAUCCCUGCUAGAGGACCCCGAGGUAGGUCGGGAUACUGAGCUGGCCAACUCUAUGGGCCUCUUUUUACAGAAGACUAACAUUAUCAGAGACUACCUGGAGGACCAGCAGGAAGGACGAUCCUUCUGGCCUGAGGAGGCUUGGAGUCAGUUUGCCUCUCGUCUGGAAGACUUUUCUGAACCGCAGCACCUGAGCUCAGCUCUGUCCUGCCUUAACAUGUUAGUGACGGACGCCCUGCGCCACGUUCCCGACGUCAUUGCUUACCUUUCCCGCCUCCGCAACCAGAGUGUCUUCAACUUCUGCGCCAUCCCACAGGUGAUGGCAAUAGCGACUCUCUCUGCCUGCUACAACAACCCCCUGGUGUUUCAGGGGGUGGUGAAGAUCAGGAAGGGGCAGGCUGUCACUCUGAUGAUGGAGGCCACCAAUAUGCAAGCUGUAACGAGCAUGAUCGCACAGUACAGCCAAGAGAUCCUGCAGAAAGUGUCACACUCUGAUCCAUCACGGGCUAACACUCUGUACAUACUCGAAGUCAUCCAGGAAAAGACUCUUUCCAAAGCAGCGUUGCCUUCCCGUGCUCACAAUUUCUCACACGUUUAUCUUUCUGCUGCUACCAUUUUGGCGUUUUUCAGCUGGCAGUAUCUGAACGCCACUCGGUCUCCAAGCAGCGCUGACAUGCAGGGACGCUGAGUCUUGUCCUGUAUCCCAAACGCUCUUCACCUCACCCAAACCAAGCCAACAGACACAUCAGAGACUGUUAGUAACGUAUCAAAUAUUUUCAUGUCCUUAUCAGAGUGACUUCACGGUGACUUUUUCUGCAUAACAGCAUUUGUAUACACAAUAACUCAGUCUCAUGUUCUCUUAAUGUAUGUUUGUUUAUAUAAAUUACCUUUGGCAUUAUUUUUGGUCUUCCAUAUUAAUGUCUAUGUAGCAUUAUACAGUAUAUUGCUCAUGCUUCUAUGUCAUUUUAAUGACCAAGCAAAGCACUUGGAAGACAGAUUCCAACCCCAAAUGAGAAAAAUACAGUUAAAAUAAACACAUUUUAGUUUUCCCUCAAUUAAGUUAAAGACAGAUUUCCUGUGUUUUAAAAUAACUCCUACACCAAUAUAUAUUUUCAAACAUUAGCUGGCUAGCUAGCUUUAAUGUUUUUUGUUUUGUUUUGUUUUGUUUUUUUCUUUAAAUGGCUAGCUUUCUUUGUCCAGUUUUUGGCCAUUUUUGUCUAGAAAUUGUUGCCUAAUGCUAACUAGUUUUCUCUGAGGAAUUUCACUUGGGGGAAUAUUUUCCUAAUGUUUGUUUGUUUUUUUGGGUUGUUGUUUGUUAUUUCUAACAAUGUUAGGGAUCAUGUUAGCUAGUAACUCUUGUUUGUGGUUACUAGCUUUGAUUAUGGAUUAUUCUGAGGUUAGCAAGUUUAGAGAUUUUUUCACUAAUCUUAACUCGUUACUUUUAUGUGAAAAUACAUGCUAGCUAGCAAAGGUAACAACAAAGGUUGAAUAUAAUCAGUUUUGCUGGGGAAUAUGUUCACAAUGCCUGCAAACUCUUUGUGGGAUUUUCACUUGUAGUAUCUAGUUACUUUUGUGGGGAAAUAUUCUCCUAAUGGAUAUCCUGUUUAUGCUAGCCAGCUUUCUUUGUGGAUUUUGCUCAUGUUUCAACUCUUGUUUGUAGAUAUUAUCCUUAGACUAGCUUUCUUAGAUUUUCACAAAUCAUAGCUAGUUAAUUUUGCAUAGAAAAAACUUACUUAAUGCUUGCUACCUUGGUCUGGGGACAAAUGUAACAUCAACAAAUGUUACCUAUUCAUUAACAAAUGUUACCUAUUCAGUUUUGUUGGAAGAUAUUUUCUUAAUACUUGCUCGGUGUGUGGGGUGAUUUUCACUCAUAUUAGCUAGCUACAUUUGUGUGGAAAUAUUCUCCUAAGGCAAGCUAGCUUUGGUUUUCUUUCAUCUAAGCUAGUUAGUUUUGUUUAAGGAUAUUCUGUUGGUGCUAUUUAGUUUUGUUUGUGAAUUUUUGUUGAUUUUAGCUACUUAGAUUUGUUUAGGGGCAUUCUGUUCCUGACAGCGAGUUUCAGUAUAUGGGCAAAUGUUGCCUGGGUAGUUUUGUUUGGUAUUUACCUAAAGCUUGUUUGGGAUAUUUUGCUAAAUAUAUCUAGCUUUGUCGUAAUAACAUCAUUAAUUCUAACUAGUUACCUUGCUUUAGGAAUAUUUGUUACAGGAUUUUUACUAAUUUCAGCUAGUUAGUAUUGUUUGGGCAUAUUCUCCUAAUGCUAGCCAGCUACUGUUUGCAAAUCAAGCCUGGUUUGUUUGAAGAUAAAUAUUGUUUAAAGCUAAAUUAAUGAGAUCAUGUUAAUUUAAAAGAUCUGAGUUUCAAUUUCUAUUCUCUGUCACUGACAAUUUUUUUUCACCACUUAUAAAAAUUUGCACAAAUUGAAAAAUUAUGUAAUUGCAUUCUAUAUGAAUGUGUUCUACCCAAAUGUCUACUUUAAAUGGGUAUAUUAUACAUAUUUUUUAGGAACCAAUAAAUUACAGUGUGUCUGAGAUAGCCAGACGCUGCUAUGAUCUUUAUUCACAACGAAGCUUUAAUGAGGACAAUUUUAAGGUUGGCUAACUAUAACCUUGUACAUAAGCAAAUGUAAAGAAUUAUAUAUAGUUUUUGUAAUAAUUAACUUUGAUUUAGCAUAAAUUGGAAAGAAAAUGAAAGGGAAAAAGCUCUGAGAUUUAUUUAUUUUUUUGUAGCAAUCUAAUAUGCAGUCACCUUGAAUAAUGUGACCAUUUAGAGAGAAACAAAAAGCUAGUCUUUUUAAUUCCAAUUGGGAUGAACAUUUUCUAUUUUUUGUAAUUAAAUUGUGAUUACAAGAUAAAUAUUCAUUAAGAUAAAUAUUCUACACCCAUUUUGAGGACUUGUGCCACAAAGCCAUAAAUCUGGUUCUAAUGCAGGUGAAUAAUUUUAAUAUCUGUCAGCUGAAACAUUUUUGUUUCAUAAUUUUAUAAAUAAAAAAAAUCUGUUUUUCCUUUUAAUCGUGUUUUGGACAAAAUAUCUACUGUCCCAUGUGUUCAACACCAAGCCAUGUCUCAGGACAUGGCCUGUAUCAUAAAUAAAGACCUGUACUACCUGGAUGAUGAAAAGUGAUUACUAUUUUCAGAAGAUACAGACCAUUGCAAGACUGUGUACUUUAUUUCUUUAUUGCGGUAAUAAACUACUGAUCAAAUAAAGCAUGGAAAGUUAUAAACUUUG